AUGUCAUUCCAGGAUCUAUCCUUGGAGCUGAUCAUCCACAUUCUCAAUUCCUGCUGGGACCACGAAAAGUAUCUCGAUCAUGAAGGAGCGAAACUCGCCGCUCAGGACACUUGGGCAGCCUGUCUACGGGUCAAUAAGACAUUAUACCAGAUUACCGCUCCCAUCCUCUAUCGAGAUAUAAUCGUUUCAAGUCCCCUCACUCUGUUCCUCGGUACUACUAACCCUUUCAAGGAGAACACGAAAUUAUCUCUGCUUCGCUAUACACGUGGAAUCCAAUUUAGAUCUCAGCCUCAACCUCAAUUUCAACCUCAUGACCGUCAACUCCUGGACAACUUGCGAAAUAUCCUGAACGAUAAAGUGGAAGUUACACCUCAUUUGGAAUAUAUUCGCUUCGGAUCAGAUUCAAAAGUUGGAUAUCCCCAAGAACUGAAAAAACUCUUGAACAACGUUUGUAAACCAAAACGAUCAUGGUGUCAAACUACCAACGUCGAUGGUCCAGACACAGAAAUACAUAUCCAGCAUCUUCCUCACAAUCGCGAUGAUGACCGAAAGAUAAAUAUUGAAGGCAACAACCGGGAGGGGAGAUGGACAGAUCUCAGUAGUGAGGAAGCUGAUUGGCCAUUACUUUCUAUCUCAUGGGGAAAUAUCAAUCGAUAUAGCUUGGUGAAUCGAUUCGUUUCGUACGAAUUCUUGACUGGCGAAAUUUCAAGGUCGAUAUUGAUUAGUCUGAAUCAACGUCUGAAACAAAUACAUCAGAAAGAGAAUGAAGCAGAGAUAGAGUAUAUUGACAUCCAGAGCCAGACAGGCAAGGGCAAGGGCAAGGAGAAGGAGACGGAGAAGGAGGAAAAGAAUGAAGAGGAGGAAGAGAGAGAUACGAUUAUUGAAUUUCAUGGUUUCGAGAAACUCUUUCUCGCUCCUCAAUUGCCAUUAUUGAACCAAGAGCCUUCCGAAGAAGAAAACGAACGAUUAGAGAAACAGGUGAAGAAGAACAUGCUCAGGUUAGAGGAUAAGAUCAAAGAACAUCUGGAAGAUCACAGAAAGAGAUAUCAUUCGCCUUGGGAAUAUGGAGUGAAAUUACCGAAAGUGAAAUUCUUCCCAGCCAGUGGAAAUAUUCCUUGCGAUGCUUGUGGGUGCAAAUGA